UGUGUGACGUCAGCGAGAGCUAGCUGCAAAGUUCCUUGCCGUUCUUUGCUGAUGUCAGGGAGCUGAAAAUUAAAAGGGUGAACGUGGAGUUAUGGGUUGGCCGGGUUUUUUUCUUUUCCUAUUUUCACUCUUUAUUGUAAAUUCUGCAGGUAAAGCGAUAGUGAGCCGGGAGCUUAAAGACAUCUGUAGAGGAGGGGUGAGUCAGCGGGUGCAGAAGGACUAAGAAUUGGUUCCUUGGAGGGACGGUCGCCUCUUUCCCCAGAGAGGAGGCGGCGGGGCUGCUCCUGGGACCGAACCCCCGUCCUCUCCCCGCUCCAGGGUAACGCGGGGCCGACGACGCCCCGCAGCCGCCUCGGUCUUGGCCAGCGUUUCGCGUCCACUUCCCCCGGCCUGCGCGCGCAGAAGCUGGAUCUAGCACGAGUCCACCGCGCGCCGGUCGCACCGUGGGUAACUGCGGGCCGGGAGAAGCGCCCAGAUGCCGGCGGUCCCCGCCUUUGAGAGUCGACGGCACACCGGUACUUGAUUGUGGGUAGCGGGGAGGCUGGCGCUAAAUUGUUGAAUUCCCAGUUACGCGCAGAAUGCCCAAUCUUCUAAGCAGGAAGGAUCGGACAGUACGGAGAAGCGGGCUCCUGUAGUUCUGGGAUUGCAUUUUGCAACGUGUCUCCUCGAGCUUCGCGCCAAGCCUGGGGGAGGGAGGGAGUUGGGGCCGGAAGGCCAGCGCCGCGGGUGGAUAGGGUCCGCGGGUAGCCCCGCGUGUGCGUCCCUGGCCAUGUCGCCUUUAAUGCCCUGCCCUUUUGCGUGGCCUUCUGAGGGUUUCCAGGGCAGGCCGGGGUUGCUUCCCACCCACACGCCCUCUCUCACCCCCAGCUAACCCCAGCGGGCAAGGCUUCCCAGAGCCGAGACCUUUUGACUCUGCUCCCUCGCUCCCGCCUCCGCCCUCGCCCGGGGGUGGCUCCCGAGAGCCGGACCUCGCCGGCCCCGGCUGGGACCAUGGUGUUUCUCUCUGGGAAUGCCUCCGACAGUUCCAACUGCACCCAUCCGCAGGCACCAGUGAACAUAUCCAAGGCCAUUCUGCUCGGGGUGAUCUUGGGGGGCCUCAUCAUUUUCGGUGUGCUGGGCAACAUCCUAGUGAUCCUCUCCGUGGCCUGCCACCGGCAUCUGCACUCGGUCACUCACUACUACAUCGUCAACCUGGCGGUGGCCGACCUCCUCCUCACCUCCACGGUGCUGCCCUUCUCUGCCAUCUUUGAGAUCCUGGGCUACUGGGCCUUUGGCAGGGUUUUCUGCAAUAUCUGGGCGGCGGUGGACGUCCUGUGCUGCACCGCGUCCAUCAUGGGACUCUGCAUCAUCUCCAUCGACCGCUACAUCGGUGUGAGCUACCCGCUGCGCUACCCCACCAUCGUCACCCAGAAGAGGGGUCUCAUGGCCCUGCUCUGUGUCUGGGCGCUCUCCCUUGUCAUCUCCAUCGGGCCUCUGUUUGGCUGGAGGCAGCCGGCCCCUGAAGACGAGACCAUCUGCCAGAUCACCGAGGAGCCGGGCUACGUGCUCUUCUCGGCCCUGGGCUCCUUCUACGUGCCACUGACCAUCAUCCUGGUCAUGUACUGCCGGGUCUACGUGGUGGCCAAGAGGGAAAGCCGGGGCCUCAAGUCCGGCCUCAAGACUGACAAGUCGGACUCGGAGCAGGUGACGCUCCGCAUCCAUCGGAAAAAUGCCCCGGUAGGAGGCAGCGGGGUGUCCAGCGCCAAGAACAAGACGCACUUCUCCGUGAGGCUCCUCAAAUUUUCCCGGGAGAAGAAAGCGGCCAAAACACUGGGCAUCGUGGUCGGCUGCUUCGUCCUCUGCUGGCUGCCUUUUUUCCUAGUGAUGCCCAUUGGCCUCUCGUCUUCAUCAGCAGAACGACGGGAUCCACUUGGAUGAUUGUCUCGUAAGCUCUGAAUUGUAUGCUACAGGCCUAACCUGAGUCAGUCGUGAUCAGCUCGGAAGCCUCUGGGCCUAAGCGCAGUAGUAAGUGCUGAGUAAACAUCUGUGGAAGUAAAUGAAAGAGACCCAAAAUCCGGUUCAACAUGUGAGGUGAUAAAACUGUUUUCAACAUAGAGCGCAGAGAACCCGACCAACUGCACCACGUUUUGUAUGAAUAGCGGAGCCGAGGGCUUGGGGUUUCCCCCUGCCACAGACACUCGGAAGGAAGGUGGCAUCAGUGACUUUCAGCUGGGCCCAGUCUGCUUCUUCAGAUGUACAUGCAGGCAAAGACAGGCUUGGGCCUCCUGUCGUAAAACAUUUAAACAUAAAAGGAGAAAAUUCAGGGGUGCCUGGGUGGCUCAGUCGGUUGAGCGUCCAGCUGUUUGAUUUCGGCUCAGAUCGCAAUCUCACAGUUGUGAGAUCGAGCCCCCGCGUGGGGCUCCCUGCUGAGCCUGGAGCCUGCUUAGGAUUCUCUCUCUUCCUCUCUCUCUCUGCCCCUCCCUCACUGUCCCUCUCUCACAAUAAAUAAACGGUAAAAAAAAAAACAAAAAAAAAAACAAACUUCAGGUAUCCGAAGUGCUCAAACGUGGUCUUGCAAACUUAAGUCUUCGUAUGUCUUUUGGUUCCAGAAAACAAAACAUGGUGUGAAACAUCUGUAUGAUGGAAUGCCUGUCCUGGUUUGUACUCAGUUUCUUGGCUUCCCUCUCCACAGUCCUGAGAAACAGGAGUCUUGUGAUCAGUGUAGACAGCCAACUGGGACAACUCAAGCCAAAAAAAAAAGAAAAAAAAGAAAGAAAAUCGAAACGUCCUUAUUGUAUGUUGUAGUGCUUCCAGUAACUUAAAGAUGAUUUUAUUUCCCCUGUCCUCUGAGUUGCCCUGACAGAGACUAAGGUAUUGUGUUAGAAUAGGGAUCAAAGCCAGCAAAGGUGGGAGCACUCUGAGCCAGAAAUACAUCUUCUUCAGACACGUAAGCUUUUUUUUUGUUUUUAAUUUUUUUAAUGUUUCUUUAUUUUUGAGAGAGAGAGAGAUAGGCGUGAGUGGUGGAGGGGCAGAGAGAUGGAGACACAGAAUCCGAAGCAGGCUCCAGGCUCUGAGCCAUCAGCACAGAGCCCCACGCUGGGCUCGAACUUGCAAGCCGUUUGAUCAUGACCUGAGCAAAGUCAGACGCUCAACCGACUGAGCCCCCACAUAAGUUAGCUUCUUGAAAUGGGCAUCAGAACAGCCAAUGCAAAAUUGUUUCAUAAAGCAAACCUUUUUUUAUCCCGUCCUAGCAAACAUCCUCACUGUGGAUAUCAGUCAGCCCUCACUCAGGCUGUCUAGUUGAGUGCCCAAUGGCUAUUGUAGACUUUAAUGUGACUCUCACUGCUCUUUUUAACUGUGUUUUUUUCAUGUAGCUUCUGUACCUCACCUGAAGCUAUUUUAAUACGAUAGAGUCAGUAUGGAGGAAAAAUAAAUCAAAAAUCUUUUCCGAGGGGCUUUUUGAAAAGAUGCAGGCAGACGCCUGGUAGUGGAAGGUGAACUCUGUGCGCUUUUUCUCUAUUUACAAAGACAAGUAAUUUCCAGCAUGUAUGUGCUAAGCCAUUUUACACAUAUACCUUUGUUCCAUCAUCACAGUCCCGUUAGCAUCCCAAAGUCAAGGCCCAUUACCCAUUUGGGGAGUGGCAGGGCUGGGUUGGAGGCUAGGACCCUGUGAUUCUGGCACCCAGGCCUUCCCCCUGCCCCACGCUGCCUUCCUGAGCUGGAGCAUUGCGCUCCUGAAGCUCUCUAGAACUCCAUUUAACUGCAUGAACCCCGCGGUGACGUGAGCACUUAGCUUUGCUGUCACUCACCCCAAGCACACCGCUGACCCCUCCUGCAGAAGACAGAGAAACACAUCCCCUUCUGAAUAAUAAGCAGAGAUUUGGUUCAAAAUUUCCUGAAAUCUUCGUAGCUUAACUUACAAACUUGGGAUGCCAGAGGCUGCUUAUUUGCUCCUACAUAACGUACCGCACCUGCAGUUUGGAAGCGCAGCUAGGAGGUGAGUAAGGCCACCUUGGUUGUGGCCAUGGAGCCUAACUAAUUUGUUACACUUCUUGAAGAGUUUAAUGAGAGUUUUUAGUGACACUGCUGUGGUUUGAGAUUUGCUAUUGUUUUUGAAAAUUAUGGAUCAUUUGAAGUUUUUCUCUCAACACAGUGAGGCAGUGUAGGAACAAUACCAUUAGCCCAAGGGCGCUGGACAAUUUGGAGUGGGGAGCUUUCUUCAAGAAUAUAUGGGGUAAAGAAAGGCAAAAAGGGACUUUGGCAGUAUUCGCGCAUAAAGUGUUUUUGGCCAGCCAGGGCCAUGGGAUAAACUCAUCAAAUGGAUCAGCUUGUCGUUUAUCACCACGUACACGGCUCCCCUGGGGGAUGGAAAGAACCCGCGAUCAGGAAUCAGGACACUUUAGGUGAGUUCCAGCUUCAUCACUUACCACGGUGGGCACAUCGCUGAAAGUGUCUACGAGGAAUUGCAUCACUCGCCUGACAAAUGGGGUUUGUUUAAGAGUUGCCCCAAUUAGGCACCCAGGUGUCUCAGUUAGUUAAGCAUCCAACUUCGGCUCAGGUCAUGAUCUCACGGUUUGCGAGUUCAAGCCCCGAGUCAGGCUCUGUCCUGACGGCUCGGAGCCUGGAGCCUGCUUCGGCUUGUGUCUCCUUCUCUCUGCCCCUCCCCCACUCGUGCUCUGUCUCUCUCUCUCUCUCUCUGUCUCUCAAAAAUAAAUAAAUGUAAAAAAAAAAACCAAAACUUAAGAAGUUGCCCCAGUUAUUCCUCAGAAUGAUGCUGGAGAGUCCUUUGAGGGAGAGGAUUUGAGUGCUAUCGAAAGUAAAGGGUUGUAAAAGUAGAAGAUGGUCUUGUGGCACGGGCCACAGGGUGUGAAGAAUCCUUAGCUACAGUGGCAGCCGGUUUGUUGAUGACGAGGUUAGGACAGUACAGUCAGUGGCAGGUGGCCUGGUACUGAUGGUUUGUCACUGGCCUGUGAAAAGAGUGUUUAGAGGCAUUUGGAGCCAUAUAACAGAGGAAUUUUAUGUCGGUUGAAUAUAAUAAAAAUUUGGGCUUGUAUUUGCUUGGCAUUUUUUCUUUUCUUUUUUUUUUUUUUUGGUUAUUUAUUCCUCUUGCAUUUAAAAAAAGUGCUCGUACACGAUGCGUUUGGAAAAAAAACUAGCCCUUCACACAAAUGACUUGAGAAGCUCUGGUAUGCGAGGCAUCGAAAGUCCAGGAGACAAGUGAAAAAUUAAAGUAAGAGUCUGCAUAUUUUAUUCAUCCAGUGAAAGGCCAACAGGAAGCUGGAAAACAGAAGGGCUGGUUCCAACUGGAUGGGUCACUUCUCUCCCAGAUGUUUGGUGUCCUGGAGGGACAACCAGAGGACAUGUUCUGACCUUGGAGACUGACUCAGCAUCAUCAAAAGGAACAAAGGUCCAAAGCUUAGGGCUACAACUGCUUUUCCUAAGAUGGUGUUGAGGACCAGGGGGGCUGAUGGCUCCUUUGCUGGGCUGGGAGGACCUGGGAGAAGAUGGCCAUGAUGCGAAAUACCACCUACAAGAGUCCAUGGUCAGCUGAGAAAAGACAGGAUGCUAAUUUCCGUGCCCGGAGGGAUCAGAAGUAGCUGAAUGAUCAAUCAGCAGGCAGCCUUUCCGUUUUGGUAUCAAUAUUUUAUAAAUUACUGUCAUUUUAAGAGUAUCUUAAAAUCUAAUAGGACAGCCCCCAUUUCGUUUAGGAUUUUCAUCCAUAUUUAUUCCUCUAGAUGAAAUUUAGAAUUGUCUAGUGCCAAAUAAACUGUUAGUUGGAAUUCUGUUAACUUACAUAUUCAAAUGAAUGGAAUUGCUAUCUUUGCAACAUGAAAACUUUCCAACCCGCUUCAUUGAAGGCAGUUAGUUUUCUGUUAGCUUUCUCUUUGUUUAUUCUAUCCAUCUCCAGUUAAAUGUAAACCUAAGUGUUUUAUAUUUUUAUUGUUCCUGUGAUGGAAUCUUGUCCCCCAUCACAUUCCAAUAGUUCUAAUUAUCGCUAGUAUAAAAGAAAACUAUAGAUUUCUAAUAUAGUUAACGUUCAACCAGCUUCCUCCUUGCUUUCCUAUUAUAGUACUAGGAGGUCUUUUUCCAGCUAAUUCUUUUGGGAUAUCCAGAUAUACAAAAAUCAUCUACAUUUACUAACUCUCGUCCUCCUUUCCAACAUGUGUAACUUACCUUUUUCUUGGCUAAUUACAUUAUUCUUUCCAGAACAAUGUUAACUAAAUGAGGAUAUCCUGUUGCAAGAGGACGGGCUGCUGGAUCUUUCUUUCCAUAUCAGUAGAAACACAGAACUUUGAAGCUUUGCUUCAGCCUCAUUUUCCUCUCUGUUGUUCUCCUAACACUUGUUGAUAGAAAUGAAAUCUUUCAGAUGAUUGCAGAAGGUAAUCUUGGGAGAAAUAUGCACACAGAAUGCGUUGUCUCCACUUUGCCUUAGUAAUAUGGUGCAAGAAGGAGAAGAUGAUAUUGAAGGGCUCAUUACGUGUCCAAUUUUGAAGUUCCUGCAUUUUUUAUAGCAUCUUAAUUGGCCUCAAGGGGUGCCUGAGUCACCACUGGGCUUCCUAGUUAGGGCUGGGUUGGAACAAUUGCUUCAAGUUUACAGCCCCCUAUGUAGCUCAGCCCUCCUGUCCUUCUGAGGGCUUUCCUUUGUGUUUUAUGCUUGAUUUCAAGGUACCCAACCCUGACAAGCAAAAGGGAGACAAAAUUUAUCCCUUGGUUCUAUUUCCAACCCAUUCAAAAAUAGAAGGCAGUCAGAGUUCUCAGGAGCGGACAUUAGUUCAGCCGGGAGCUUGGCGCCUGGUUUCCAUUGUAACGACGUCAGGGAAAUCAUCAGGCAGUAUUACCACCAGAAUUGCCCAGGCUGGGAGUCUACUCCACAGCCCCUUGGUAUGGAGGCUGGCUUGGCUUCAGAACUGUCCGUGUGAGGAAUAAAUUUAAAAUUUGAGAAUCGAAGAGGCCUCUCUUCUCUUUACUCUUUUUCUUUGUGCAUCUGCGCGCACGGUAUCCAUAAUUUCACAGACUCAGGCAUGUGAUGAUGCCCCCUGCAGUGGCUGCUGUGCCUGGCCAUCGGGCCCCUCCCCUCCAGGACUAAAGCGCCAUCCCUGUGCUGGAUGGUUGACUCGGGCUCCCCGUCCGUCCGGGUGCUCUCCCUCUUCUGAUGGGAGCCGCCUCCUUCCCAGGAGCAGCCUGAGUCCAAUGCCUGGUCUUUAUCCUAAUUCGGGAUAACUGUCCAGAGCACUACCAGCUCCACGGGGAUUGGCAGAGAUCCAGCUUACGUCUCUCCCCAACAGGUAUGAUCUUGACGGCACGUCCCCAAAAGUCAAUCCGCUUCUCUGACUUACACCACAUGCUUGAAUGGUUAGUGCCAGCCUUUCCUUUUAUUCUUUUUUGGAGGGGCCAGAGGGAGGCACAGUUCCUUCCCAUCUCUUGUCCUGUACACUAACGUCAGCCUCACCGACUUCUUCCAAGAAACCACGUGCUCACAACGUGUUUUGUGUCUGUGCUUUUCCUCUGCUCAUUUAGUUCUGUAUGGAAGCCAUCUGGGGUCUGUCACGUUCAUUGGCUCCUCUGUCAAUGGGUGCUCCCCUGGUUUCCAGACUUUUGCCUCCCAACAGCGCGCAUGGCUUACAGAGGUGCUUCUGUAUGUGAGUGCUGCUGCUUCCGUGAGAUGGGCUCCUGAAAGGAGGUCUGCUCGUGGAAAGGGUAUGCUUGCGUUCGAUUUUAAAUCAUGUUGCAGACAAUCUUCUUAAGACUCUCUUCCACCAUUUCACCAGCAAUGUAGGAGAGUCACCCACUGCUUGUCUUCCCACCUUGAGCAUCCCAUCGGAGGAUCAAAAGCCUCAUCUUUGUUCAGGUCUUUGUCAUUUCUCGCUGCAGACGGAAGCUUGCUCCCAUCCCUUUUGAAAGGAAAGAGAGUUUGGUGAAGGAAAGACAAGGCCAAUGGGCUUGAGAAAGUCCCUGGGCUUCCAGCUGGCUGUUUCCUCUAAAUGGGUGAGAGAUACGGAGUGGAGACCAGGAGGACCUCCCCUCGUGCUCCAGCCUGCCUGCCCAGAGUCCGGUCUGCACCGGGCACAGGGGUCCCGAUGCAGGGGCUCCUCCCUGGAGAGGCAGGGAUGGGCAUGGGAAGGAGCUGCAUUCGGUGUGUUCCUCACCCUUCUGGGCCCGAAGGGGUCCUCAGCCACUUCCCUUUGAGUGGAAUUACAUGCUUCUUGUCCCUAAAAAACAAACAGGGAGGGAACUGGCAUGUUGAUGAUGUGCCCAGGCUACAAAGGGGGAAGGUCGAUGUGACUACUCUGAAAUUAAGGGAAAUCUGUUUAAGUUGUUUGGACACACAGAUAUACCUCCUCCAGUGGCCAACACAGCGGAUGUGAACGGACAGCUCUGUGACCUGCACACCCUUCCCAACCUGGCCAUGAUCGGUGAUGAGGGUGUUUUGGGGUGGGGGGGGCGGCGCUCAUUCCCAGGCGAGUGUGUCUCUGCCUGCCAUGUCGGGUACUGGGCACAGAACAUUGCAGAUUCUGUCUCUUUCUGCCCCCAUAUCAUCUACAUCUCUCUUCUCGGUGUGUGAAAUUAAGCCGACCCUAUAUUGUCGUUAUUGUGACAUGGAAUCAUUAUCCCUUAAUAAGCGUUUCAUAACUCCAUCUAUUUUUGCCAAUUGUUUCAAAUCUUUCUUAUUAGCUAUGUUAGGCAUGCUAUUAUCUUAAUCUUCUUAACGUCCAUGUGAGAGUUUGACAAGUCAGCAGGGGUUCUUGCUGCAGCUGCCAAGGAUACAUGAUUAGGUACCCACGCUCCAGAGCCCCACGGUCUCCCCGCCCCACUGACCCUUCUCCUGAGCACGUUUCUUUUUAAAAGACUUCAGUCCCCUGAAGUCCAGAAAGUAACAUGCAUCAGUGAGACUCAUAUGAAGACCAAUAUCUUGGGCUUUCGUCAAAUUCUUUAGCAUUGUGAACAUAAGUAAGAAGAGAGAGAAAAAAAAUGUGUGUGCGUGUACGUGAGAAAAAGAGAAAAGAGAGAAAGAGGCAGAGAGAUGGAGAGAGAGAGAGACCCCAGUUGACCCCAUCUGGGAAGACACUGUAAUAGCCCGGGUCAGCUCGAGAGGCUAAAGAAUCAUAUUUUAAUAUUCCGAAGGAGUUACCACAAGGUCAAGAGGGAGUAGUUGACGCUGGGGCAGAAGUUGGACUGUUCUUUUCCUAGGAUCAUUUCAGGGUAAGAAAUAAUUGGGGUUUUGGCAGUUGAGAUGAUUGUGGGCAGAACAGCUUAUUUUUCUGUUAAUUCCUUAAGUAAACCAUCAUCUCUGCAAGCUCUUGCCAUAGCCACACUGAUAGGAUUUGACUGCGCUGUCCCCUCCCCAACCCCCAGGCAAACCAUCUCUGGUUUUACCUUUGGUCAACUCUUCCCCUCUUUGCAUUAAAAGAAUAUUGUCUGGCUGUACAACCUCAGCCUUUCAUGGCCAUUUCCCUGUGGUUCCAGAUGUGUGUCAUCCUCACACUCAAGAACAGGGAGUCCUGAUGAUUAAGUUUGGGGUUCUGGAGACAGCAGAAGAAAGCCAGGCUCAGAACCAGAUUGACAAGAAUGAGAUCAUAGCAUCAUAAUUUCACAGCCAAGUUCCUCCACGUCCUCCCCUUUCUUUGAAAGAAAAGGGUGCACGGCUUCUUCCAAGGUUCGAGGGUGGGUGCAGACAGAAUAGGUCACGAAGCUCCUUUUGGUAAGAGUGGUCUUGGGUGUCAACCUGUUCUUCUGCCUCCCCACAAGGAACCAGUGGGUCCAAGAGCAGCCUGUUGCCGUCUGGCAGGGACACUCUGGGUGGGAGGUGCUAAAAUGGUGGUUUCUCAGGGCACCUGGGUGGCUCGGUCGGUUAAGUGUCCGACUUCGGCUCCAGUCAUGAUCUCACCAACCAUGGGUUCAAGCCCCGCAUCGGGCUCUGUGCUGACGGCCCAGAGCCUGGACCCUGCUUCGGAUUCUGUGUCUCCCUCUCUCUGCCCCUCCCCUACUAGCGCUCUGUCCUCUCUCUCUCUCUGUCUCAAAAAUAAAUAAACAUUACAAAAAUAAAAAAAUAAAUAAAGUGGUGCUUCUCAAACUUUGGUGAGCAUGAGGAAGACCCAGGAGGCUUAUUAAUCUUACAGCUCCCUAGGCAAACCCCAGAAACGCUGCCUCGUGUAUGCUGUAGUGGGUCCUUGUGUCUCUGAUGCAGGUUGUUGAAUGGAGUCUAGCAGAGGCACGUUCUCACACACACCUGCUGCUGUCUUCGGGUUUACAAUACCCCCAUCUCCCCUCGGUAGUUAGGGAUGCAGAGGCACUACGUCCCUAAUGAAUCUGCCUGCACUCAGCUUGCCUGCUCCUUGGAUAAUUUUUUCAGAUCUGUAGAAACUUACCAGGUGCGCACAGAGCUGUCUCUAAGGCGGAUGGUGGGGUAUGGAAUUACUGAUCUUUUUCUAGGUUUUCACUUUUCAUUGGGCUGUUCCUCUGACUCUCAUUGCUGCCUCUUUGCCUGUGUUCAUAAUAAACUCCAAAUGCAAGCUGCAUGUGUUCACAAGUGGCGUCAAGGGUCAUUGUGACUUGUAGCUGCAUUCCUUUGACAUGUGAUUAAGCAUCUUAUCAUAUUGCCUAUUGUUCUCUGCUUGUUGUUUUCUCCCUCCAUUUAUUGAACCACCCAUCUUUCCCUUGCCAUUUUUUCUUAACCGGUGAAAUUUAUAACACAAUUGUAAGUACCAAGGAAAAUUCCAUUCGAAUUAUUUCAGAUUUAUUAAAAAUACAGGAUGAAUUGAAAUCUUCGCGGUAGUGGUUGCAUGCUUUAAGGAGCCUGCAUAUAUUUUCAUUUUCUCAUUUUUUCCAAUGCUCUUUGGGACCCGUCUUAUCUUCCUGUUAUUCCGUUUCCAGGCGGCUCUGCAUUAUGGAUACUACUAGAAGCCAUUUGAAUUUGCCUUGUUUUGUGGUCAUUUUUUGCUGGCCCUCUAUUUCUGCCUCUUUUCGUAUGGUCUUGAAUCCAGCAGGGUUUAUCCAGACUCUGGCUUUGCCAGCAAAUAAGGCAGACAUGCUAUGCUGCAGGUUGCUCUGUGGCUCUGUGUGAGUGAUGGUGCAGUCCCUGGCUCAGGUGACAGCUAGAAGCCUCCUAAAUUGUGUUUCCCAGCUUCCAGCAGUCGCUUAGGUAGUGUCCCUCUGCUGUACUGGGAUGUGAUGCUUUUGCAAAAUUAUGCACCAGACGCUCUGAACUUGACAUGUGCUACCUCAUGCAUACAACCCUACAAGGUAGCUACUGUGUUAUUAUGCAGAUUAUAAGGGAAGAAAAAAAGGAAUCCCAGGACAAAGUGAUGUAACUCAUGGAGCUGUACGUGGCAAAGACAGGACUGGAAUCAGGUCCUGGAUUCUCACCCAGAUCGUCCUGCAGGUGGUUGUGACACGUCCCUAGCAGAUGGCUCGCUAGGUGAUAGGCCUGAUUGCUGUUUUCAGGGUUUAGGUCAGGGUCGGGUGAAUAUUAGGCCACUAACCACCGAGACUUGAAAGAAUUGGAAUUCACACCCUACGACUUCAUUUAGUAGACAGCUCUACGGGGAGUGUAGUUACUCUGAAACCAAGAGGAUUUCAUCAAAUUGUGGCAAUGCCGGUAUCACAGAAAAAAAAAUAUAUGUAUAUAAUAUUUAUAUAUUAUAAAAUAUAAAUAACACAGCCCUCGGCAUCUCAGACCUUUUGCCCCCAGCCUUGGGUUCUUAAAUCCUCCCUCCUUUCUUCAGCCAAUGGAACCUGCUUUUUGGAGACUAGAAGCACAUUUUAGGUAAUGGUGCUAAUGACUGAUGAGGACUUUCCUGUUGU